CCUUUAAGGCUUGGCCUACGUGGCAGCCGCGGGAGCCGCCGCCGCCGCGCAGCGAGGCCGGCCGCCGUGCACUUCCUGUGGAGGCCGCAGCGGGCGCCGACGGGCGAGGCCGAGCCGCAGCAGCAGCCGCCGCCGCCGCCAUGGGGCAGAACGACCUGAUGGGCACGGCCGAGGACUUCGCCGACCAGUUCCUGCGUGUGACGAAGCAGUACCUGCCGCACGUGGCGCGGCUGUGCCUCAUCAGCACCUUCCUGGAGGACAGCAUCCGCAUGUGGUUCCAGUGGGGCGAGCAGCGCGACUACAUCGACAGCACGUGGGCCUGCGGCUACCUGCUGGCCUCCGCCUUUGUGUUCCUCAACCUGCUCGGACAGCUCACUGGCUGCAUCCUGGUGCUGAGCCGGAACUUCGUGCAGUACGCCUGCUUCGGCCUCUUUGGGAUCAUAGCCCUGCAGACCUUUGCCUACAGCAUCCUGUGGGACUUGAAGUUCUUGAUGAGGAACCUGGCGCUGGGGGGCGGCUUGUUGCUGCUCCUGGCAGAGUCCCGCUCGGAAGGCAAGAGCAUGUUCGCCGGCGUCCCCACCAUGCGUGAGAGCUCCCCAAAACAGUACAUGCAGCUGGGGGGCCGGGUCCUGCUGGUCCUCAUGUUCAUGACCCUGCUCCACUUCGACGCCAGCUUCUUCUCCGUUAUCCAGAAUGUGGUGGGCACAGCAUUGAUGGUGCUCGUGGCCAUCGGCUUCAAGACCAAGCUGGCCGCCCUGACCCUGGUCGUCUGGCUCUUCGCCAUCAACGUGUACUUCAACGCCUUCUGGACCAUCCCCGUCUACAAGCCGAUGCAUGACUUCCUCAAGUACGACUUCUUCCAGACCAUGUCCGUGAUCGGGGGCCUGCUGCUCGUCGUGGCGCUGGGCCCCGGCGGCGUCUCCAUGGACGAGAAGAAGAAGGAGUGGUAACCGCAGCAGUGAGAACUGCUCACGGGUGGAGCCGGCUGGCGCUCACUGUCCCCUCCCCGCCCCUGGUAAAGGCACAGAUGUUUUGAGAACUUUAUUUGCAGACACCUGAAAAUUGAUGGCUACCCAUGGGCUGACUGCUGUGCGCCUGCAGCCGGUGGCUUCCGGAGGGUGGCCCAGCUGCUGGGGCCUGGGGCCAGCUGGUUUCUCUUUUUGCGGGGUUGAGCUGUACUGUGAGCCUACAAAGUUGUUCAUUUAAAGCAGUCUCCCUCAUAUUUUUAAGUUUACAUUCUUAGCCUAAACUACUAAAUGAUCUGGGAUGGCUGAGCCUAUCAGCCCAGGCUGCCAAACCUCCCUGCUUGAAGCCACACCAGUGGCUCCCUGGCCCUAUAAACAUCACAGGAACCCCAAAGCCAAAGGAUGAUGCAGUAUUAGGAGGUCCCCAGGCUGCUGGGCAUGGCCAGGCCCUUGCACUGGCCCUGGACAAGUAGUGGAGCCAGCCUGACUGCCUCCAUUGGCAGGUGCACGGCACAGUGCAGCAGCAGUCCUGUGACCCUUGUGCCGACCCAGGUACCUCACCUGUGCCCAGCUUGGCCCCGACUGCCCGUCCUUCAGCCUGGAGGCUGCCACUCAGCGCAGCCAGUCGCCUGCUCCGGUUUGUGAUGCCU